GAGCCCGGGAGGAGCCGCGGGAACGCGCGCCUGGAGUAGAGCGCCGGAAGAGGAAAGCUCUUGCUGGGGCCGGGAGUGCGGCUGGGCUCACGCCGGCGGCUACGGAGCUGGCAGGUGCGAGACGUCUGCACCUGGCGGGCGAUGGCGCCCGGUGCGGGCGCCCCGGGGUAGCUCGGGCGAGGCUGUGGGUCCCUGGCGCACACGCCCGCACCCCUCCCUGGCCUUGGCGAGGGCCCUGCCCGGCCCAGGCAGCAAUGGGGCUCCUGCAGCUGCUGGUCCUAGCGGUACUGGCAUCGGAACGCCGGGUGGCUGGUGCAGCCGAGGUCUUCGCGAACUUCAGCGAGGGUCUUAUUGAAUUUUCUGUGGGGAAAUUUAGAAUCUUCGAGCUCAAUAGGCCCUUUCCAGAGGAAGCUAUUUUGCAUGAUAUUUCAAACAAUGUGACUUUUCUUAUUUUCCAAAUACACUCACAGUAUCAGAAUACAACUGUUUCCUUUUCUCCGACUCUCCUUCCCAAUGCCUCGAAAACAGGCACUGACAGUGGACUGGUUUUCAUCCUUAAACCAGAGCAGAGUACAUGCACUUGGUACUUGGAGAUUUCAGACACAGAACCUGUCCAGAGUAUGGCUAUCCUCCUCUCCUACUCAGAAAGAGAUCCUAUCCCUGGAGGCUGUAAUUUGGAGUUUGAUUUAGAUAUUGAUCCCAACAUUUACUUGGAGUAUAAUUUCUUUGAAACGACUAUCAAGUUUGCACCAGCAAACCUAGGUUAUGCGAGAGGUACAGAUCCCCCAUCAUGUGAUGCUGGGACAGACCAAGACUCCAGGUGGAGGUUGCAGUAUGAUGUCUAUCAGUAUUUUCUGCCUGAGAAUGACCUCACUGAGGACAUGGUGCUGACGCAUCUGCAGAGGAUGGUCACGGUGCCCCAAGUGAAGGCCAAUGCUCUCAAGGUGGCUACCCUAACUGCGAAUGAUAAGACAAGCGUUUCCUUCUCAUCCCUCCCGGGACAAGGUGUCAUAUACAAUGUCAUUGUUUGGGACCCAUUUCUAAAUACAUCUGCUGCGUACGUUCCUGUUCACACAUAUGCUUGCAGCUUUGAGGCAGGAGAGGAUAGUUGUGCUUCCCUAGGAAGAGUGUCUUCCAAAGUGUUCUUCACUCUUUUUGCCCUGCUUGGUUUCUUCAUUUGUUUCUUUGGACACAGAUUCUGGAAAACAGAAUUAUUCUUCAUAGGCUUUAUCAUCAUGGGAUUCUUCUUUUAUAUACUGAUUACAAGACUUACACCUAUCAAGUAUGAUGUGCGUCUGAUUCUGACAGCUGUCGCUGGAAGCGUCGGUGGAAUGUUCUUGGUAGCUGCGUGGUGGCGAUGUGGAAUACUCUCGAUCUGCAUGCUCUGUGUUGGACUAGUGCUGGGGUUCCUCAUCUCGUCAGUGACUUUCUUUACUCCACUGGGAAACCUAAAGAUUUUUCACGACGAUGGUGUAUUCUGGGUCACUUUCUCUUGCAUAGCUAUCCUCAUUCCAGUAGUUUUCAUGGGCUGCCUAAGAAUACUGAACAUACUGACUUGUGGAGUCAUUGGCUCCUAUUCGGUGGUUUUAGCCAUUGACAGUUACUUGUCCACAAGCCUUUCCUACGUCACUUUGAAUGUACUCAAGAGAGCACUCAACAAGGAUUUCAGCAGAGCUUUCACAAAUGUGCCUUUUCAAACUAAUGACUUUAUUAUCCUGGCAGUAUGGGGCAUGCUGGCUGUAAGUGGAAUUACGUUACAGAUUCGAAGAGAGAGAGGACGACCAUUCUUCCCUCCCCAUCCAUAUAAGUUAUGGAAGCAAGAAAGAGAGCGCCGAGUGACAAAUAUUCUGGACCCUAGCUACCACAUUCCUCCUUUGAGAGAGAGGCUCUAUGGCCGAUUAACCCAGAUCAAGGAGCUCUUCCAGAAGGAGCAGCCAGCUGGAGAGAGAACACCCCUGCUUUUAUAGAUGCCCAGGGGGUUGGUCAGUGUGCCUCAGCUUUGGCGUUCAUGCCCGAAGUGCUUCACCAAUCUCUGGUGCAAGUCUAAUAAAAGAUCAGGCAUAUAUAUCUGUGCUUUGCAUAAUAUUAUGGUGCCCUUACGGAUAUAUGGUAAGGGUAUACUAGGGGAUUAGGAUUAUUCUAAGAGAAUGAGAAAGAUGACCAAAAAGUUAUGGUAGGGAAGCUUUUCUUUAUUUCCAAAUAUUUGAGAAAUUACCUUUUGGUUUACAAAUCUAUGAUCAACUUAUUCCAUUAAAUAGAUACAUUACAAAAAAUUAAAAACUGAUUCUCCUGCAGAGCCCUGGUGUUUCUUUUUAUAACCCCUUAAAACAAGUCUCUCACCUGAAUCUAUCUAAUCUUGGGGAGGUAGUUUAUUUUAGUGUUGUACUGAGUCUUUAUUUGUGACAGUGUUUGGAAAUUUAGGGAUUUGAUACUUGGGACUUUGAAUUUUGGAAUACAAAAUGAGAAGCAGGCCAGGCAUGGUGGCUAAUGCCUGUAAUCCCAAUACUGGGAGGCCAAAGUGGGAGGAGGUGGGAAGAUCACUUGAGCCCAGGAGUUUGAGACUAACAUGGGCAACAUGACAAGACCCCAUCUCUACAAAAAGAAAUUAAAAUAUUAGCUGGGCAUGGUGGCACAUGCCUACUCCCAGCUCCCAAGGAGACUGAAAUGGGAGAAUCCCUUGAACCCUGAAGUUUGAGGCUAUAGUGAGCCAUGAUUGUGUCUCUGCACUCCAGCUUGGGUGACAGAGACCCUGUCUCAAAAAAAAAAAAAAAAAAAAACUUAUUUUCUUACUAAAAGCAGUUUGAUUACUUAAUUGUAUGUCCUUGUUAGUAUUACACAUUAUCUAAAAGUUAACCUGUUUUGUUUCAGUAUUUAAAAAAAUUCUUAAAUUGUGAUAAAAUACACAAAAAAAUUUACCUUAUUCAUUUUUAAGUGUACAAUUCAGUAGGUUCCCUGUUUUUGCCUUUUAUUGCUUAAAAUGGUAAUUGAAAUAGCUAAAUUAUUUCAAAAUAGGCCAAUUUAUAUAGAUAAUAGAAUUUUAUAAGAAUGAUUUAUUUAUAUUCAAAAUAAUGGCCCCCUUUUUCCUUCAAGGCCUUUUAAAAUAGUGUCAACAGGUGAUCUUUAAUUUAAACCACAUUAGAUGACAUAUGGAUUAUAUUUGUUUUUAGGAAAUAAGCUCACCUUAAUCUAUAUUGCUUGCCGGGCACAGUGGCUCACACCUGUAAUCCCAGCACUUUGGGAGGCCAAGGCGGGAGGUCAGAAGUUUGAGAACAGCCUGACCGACAUAAUGAAACCCCGUCUCUACUAAAAAUAUGAAAAUUAGCCGGGUAUGGUGGUGGUUGCCUGUAAUCCCAGCUACUCGCGAGGCUGAGGCAGGAGAAUCAUUUGAACCCAGGAGGUGGAGGUUGCAGUGAGCCAAGAUUGCAUCACUGUACUCCAGCCUGGGCAACAGAGCGAGACUCCAGCUCAAAAGAAAGAAAAAAGUCUGCAUUGCCAUUAAGAAAACCUUAGAAAAAUUUGUACUUCUUAGUUCUUUCUGCUCAAUUAGCUGUGUUAGCAUUAGUGUAAAAUACAGUUUUCAGUAAUUUCUGUAUGAAGCCUUUGUACCACCUAUGUUUUAAAGUGAUGAGGAUGGAGUCAAAAGGAUUCCGAUGUUUAGUGGAGCUGCUUUUCAUUGGAGAGUCCCGUCAGUUUUGACACCCUUGUUUCACCACAAGAAAGCACCUGAACACCCUGGGUUGUGUGCUUACUACUCGGGGGCUUUUUCCCCAGCUUUCAGAGCACUGAAUUAUUGUGAGCUGGUGACUCUGCAGGCCUGAGUGGAAUUAGGGUUGGUGAAUGUUGUUGCAUAUACAUUUGUGAAUUAACCACUAUUUAAAUGAUGCUGCUUUUUAAAGUUUUUCAAAGUACAAUAGAUUUUUGAAGUUUCAGGUAACUGGAAAAAUCUUUAAUUUUUGCUUUAAGUGUUUGGAGCAGGAUAAAACAACAUACAAAAUAUAACAUGAUUUUUGCUUUGAAAAAUUCAGUGCAGGUGACCAUUUACUGUUUAUUCUGUAACCCUUUCUGUCUAUCUAUAACUAAUUUCAGUAACAGUGAAACUUGAUGAAGUUUUUAAAAAUGAUUUACUGUAGGGACAAAGUUAUAUGGAAUGUUUGUGAGUUAUUUUCUAUACCAUCUGAAUGUACUGCCAGUGAAGACUGUAAAGGCAGAAAACACUAUUUUGGAGGGAGAAUACAGAUUGCUUAAAAUUUUUCAUAAGUUGUGAAUGAUAAAAAGUCAGUUUGUAUCGUUUUUAUAAUAAAUCCCUAUUUUGAAAAAAA